GUCUUUUGCAUGCAUAUAUAAACAUAGCUUCUUUCAAGCUGAAAAUAAUUAACCAUACCAACCAGUAAUCACUAUGAGCUACCAUUUCAAUAUGGAUGAUAUGACCCCAGAGCUUCAACUUCCUGGCUUCAGAUUCCAUCCAACAGAGGAAGAACUACUGGAUUUUUACCUCAGAAACAUGAUCUAUGGCAAGAAGUUGAGUUAUGAUAUAAUUGGAUUUCUCAACAUCUAUCACCAUGAUCCUUGGGACUUGCCUGGGUUGUCAAGGACUGGAGAGAGGGAAUGGUAUUUUUUUGUGCCUAUAGACAGGAAGCAUGGUAAUGGAAGGAGGCCUAAUAGGACAACUAAAAAUGGGUUCUGGAAAGCCACGGGUUCCGACCGGAAUAUUGUGAGCUUAUCGGAUCCGAAGCGGCUCAUUGGCCUAAAAAAGACUCUUGUUUUCUACAAAGGGAGAGCCCUACGAGGAUGCAAGACUGAUUGGAUCAUGAACGAGUAUCGUCUCCCAGAUGCUUGCUCCUUUCCCAAGGACAUAGUAUUGUGCAAAAUAUAUAGGAAAGCAACUUCCUUAAAAGUCCUGGAGCAAAGGGCAGCAAAGGAAGAAGAGUUGAAAGCAAUGAACAGCACAUCUACUUCAUCAUCACCAUUAUCAUCCAUGGAGGCCAUUUCUUUCUGCACCCCAAAACAAAAUUUGGUACCCCAAGUGGUCUUCAGGAAAGAAACUGAAGAAGAAUCAAUGGUGGAUGAGAAAAGAUCAGCAAAGGAGAGCAAAGUUUCUUCAGCAUCUCUGCAAUUACCAUUAGGCGAAGAAAAAUUGGCAGAGCUUCAACUACCCAAAGUGCUCAGUGACUGGACCCAGGAUCAGUUUUGGACUCAGCUAAAUAGCCCUUGGUUCCAAAAUCUGACACCCUAUGCUGCCAAUAUCCUGAAUUUCUAAGUCUAGGAUCUGAUGUUGUAUAUAAGCUUUAAUUAGGUUCUUAUCAAUCAUAAUUUUUUGCAUUUGGUUGCAACAAGAUCCGAUCAAUG